CAUGCUCUCUUCCUGUUUCCAUGCAGAGCGUCUUCAGAUCACUCAACAUGGGCAGCCAGAGAAAGGACAGCUUCCUCUGGGGGAAGGCUCCCUUAGAGUUCACUCCCAAAGAGGAGAAGCAGCUUGAGGCCAUGAAGAUACACAAGAAUGACAUCAUGGAUGACAUUCAGAAACUGAGGCUGGAAAUUGAGAACGUCAUGACUGAGAUCGAGAACGAGGCUUCGGACGAGGAGAACAAAUCAGCUGUGCGGUCUAAGCGGUUCCUCUGUGGGAAGAAGAAGUUCAACAUGGAUCCAAAAAAGGGUAUUCAGUAUCUGGUGGAUAAUUGCUUGUUGGAAUGGACACCGGAGGCAGUGGCAGAAUUCCUCUACAAAGAGGACGGCCUUAACAAGACUGCCAUUGGCAACUUUCUAGGAGAAAGAGAAGAGAUGCAUCUUAGGAUCCUAAAAGUUUAUGUGGACCUCCAUGAGUUUUCAGACCUGAAUUUAGUGCAGGCAUUGAGGCAGUUCCUGUGGAGUUUCCGUCUCCCUGGUGAGGCUCAGAAGAUUGACCGUAUGAUGGAGGCAUUCGCCACCCGCUACUGCAAUUGUAACCCAGGUGUAUUUCAGUUAACAGACACCUGCUACAUCCUGUCUUUUGCCAUCAUCAUGCUGAACACCAGCCUGCACAACCCCAACGUGAAGGACAAGCCCAACCUGGAGCGCUUCAUCAGCAUGAACCGAGGCAUCAACAACGGGCUCGACAUGCCCAGUGAGCUCCUCACGAAACUGUUCGACAGCAUUUACAGUGAGCCCUUUAAAAUCCCUGAAGAUGAUGGCAAAGAUCUCACACACACAUUCUUCAAUCCAGAUCGAGAGGGCUGGUUACUAAAAUUGGGGGGCAGGGUGAAAACGUGGAAGAGGAGGUGGUUCAUUUUGACCGACAGCUGUCUCUAUUACUUUCAGUACACUGCAGACAAAGAGCCCAAAGGAAUCAUCCCAUUAGAGAACCUCUGUGUCGAGGAAGUGGAGCAUCCUCAUAAACAGUUCUGUCUGGAGUUGUACAGCCCUCAGGGGAAGAUGAUAAAAGCCUGUAAGACAGAGACAGACGGCAAAGUUGUGAUGGGGAAACACAACUCCUACCGCAUCAGCGCCGCCAGCGCAGAGGAGAGGGACGAGUGGAUCAAGUCCAUACGGGCCAGCAUUACCAAAGACCCCUUCCAUGACCUGGUGUCACAGCGCAAAAGGAAACUCACCAGCAAUGUGGAAACUUUCGACUGAAUGCCUCAGGGUAAAAGAACCCCACCUGCUUAGAGUUCACUUUGCGAUCGCUUGAAGGGUUUUUGUGGAGAGACUAAGACCCAGACAGGUGUCAAACCAGAUAGACAGGUGUCAAACCAGUGUGUCUUUGAAACAGUUCUUCUUGAGAGGCCACAAUGCUAUUUUAGCCCACAGCUGAGGGGAUGGAGGCACUGAAAGUGAAGGUCAGCUUCAGAGGGAUUUAGAGUUAUUCAGAGUCCUGAUUUACUGCCACCUUCUAAGACAAAACUACCAUUUCAGUAUCCCUGUGACAUGACUGGAGAGUGUUCAGUGACAGGCUACUAAGGACCGACAUCCCAGGUCUGUGAGGAUAACAAGGAAGAAUACCCAAAUACCCUCAGCCAUUUUAAUCUCAUAGAAAAAGUCUCUGUCUCUUUUAAGUCUAAUUCCUAAAUGCAAUAGAGAUGCUCCAACAUGUUUCAGAUAUUUGUUUCACUUGUGUGCACACAUUUUUUAAAUGGGACAAUGUCAAAUAAUUUUAAAAUUGUAUAAAUGUCAAAUAUUCUCAUUACUGUAUAAAAGUUUCUCAUUUGUAUUUUACAUUAAGUUAGAAUAUAUAGAUGUAAAUACAUUGUUCAUAGCUGGUGUUGUCAAAUAAAGUGCCAUUCAUUUCUGUACAUAAUUAUUUACUUAUUUAAUAAAUAACUGGACUGGACUGA